UAGAGAUUUCAUUUGGCCUCGAGUCGCCGGCAUGGAACGUUGGCAGAAUCGCGUGGCCGUGGUCACAGGUUCCAGUUCGGGAAUCGGGGCGGAAGUGGCCCGAAAACUGCUCUCCGCCGGCGUGGUGGUGGUUGCCCUGGCCCGUCGCCUGGAGCGUUUGGAGCAGCUGCGCCGGGAAUUGCCAGAGGAGGAGCAGCGAUUGCGGCUGCACAUCCGGCAGUGCGACGUCACGGAUCUCGGGGACGUGAACGAGGCCUUCGACGAGGUGCAGCGGGAACUGGGCGGCGUGGACAUACUGAUCAACAAUGCCGGAAAGUUGUCCGGCGGACAGCUGCUGACCAUGUCGCUGGACACGAUGCAGCAGGUGCUGCAGACCAACGUGAUGGGCGUGGUGCACUGCACCCAGCGCGCCUUCGAGUCCAUGCGGCAGCGCCAGUCCGCCGGCCAUGUGGUGCUCAUCAACAGCAUCGUUGGCCACCACAUCUUCAACCCGCUGCCGGGGAGCCAGCAGGAGCUCAACAUGUACCCGGCCACCAAGCACGCCGUCACCGCCCUCACCGAGCUCUUCCGCCAGGAGAUGCGCGACUUCAAGACCCAGGUCAAGGUCACGAGCAUUAGUCCGGGAC